AUGUCCAAGGGAGUCGGAUCUAAUAUGCUCUCUAGUGCUCUGGUACCAGUUUUAAAUGUAGGGGGAGAUGAGCAUGAAAUUGAUCCUAUUUUGUUGUGGAAUGCUUUUCAAAGAGUUGUUAAGAAGUGCAUGGAGUGUUGCAAUCUUAAUGCUGAAGACGUGUCAUGCUUAGGUAUCUCUUCACAAAGGGGUACUUUUUUGACAUGGGAUAGAGAAACAAGUGUCCCAUUUCACAACUUUAUUACAUGGAAAGACAAACGAGCUGAGAGUAAUUGCAACUCAUGGAAUUCUUCGUUUAGCAUGAAAAUGUUUAGAUUUGGUGCAUUUCUUUUAUACAUGGUAACAAGAAAGAAAAAGUUCCAGGUUGCAAGUGUUUUCAAGUUAACAUCAUCUAUGGUGCUGAUGAGGUUAUCCUGGGUUUUAGAAAACAUUAGCAAGGUUCAUGAGAAACUCUUGCAGCACAAUGUAUUAUUUGGAACUCUUGAUACAUGGCUUAUAUGGAAAUUGACUCAAGGAAAAGUUCAUGCUACGGAUGGUUCAAAUGCUUCUGUGACGGGAUUUUUUGAUCCCUUUCAGAUGCAGUGGGCAGAUUGGAUAUUAAAAAUAUUUAAUAUUCCUGUGGAUAUCCUUCCCGAAGUGAAAAAUACAUGUGAUCAUUUUGGUGACACAUCUUCUGAAAUAUUUGGAGCAUCUAUACCUAUUUAUGCUGUGGUUGGAGACCAACAAGCAUCUAUGUUUGGUGCAUGUUGCUUCGAGAAGUAUGAUAUUAAUUGUACUAUGGGAACUGGAUCAUUCCUAAAUAUGAAUACUGGCCAUACACCAUCUGCUGCUUAUAAUGGUGUCUACCCUCUUGUUGGUUGGACAAUUUUUUCACGAACUACAUAUGUUGCAGAAUGUGGAGUUCAUGAUUCUGGAACCAUAAUCUCAUGGGCUCAAAAACUUGGUUUAUUUGAAGAGCCUCACGAGUCUAGUAUUAUAGCACAGUCUGUGACAGAUAGUGGUGGAGUUUAUUUUCUUCCUUUUCCUGAUGUGACAGAUUGUGCUGUAGAAGAAAAUUCCAGAUCGUCAGCAUUUGUUGGCAUAAAAAUCCAGACGUCCAAGCAGCAGUUGGUCAGAUCUGUUCUGGAAGCAUUAGCAUUUCAAGUUUGUUUGCUUUUUGACUAUAUGAUGAAAGAUAACUUAUUUACAAAAAAUAAAGUAUUUAGAAUAAGUGGUGGCGUUUCAAAAAAUGACUUUAUUGUUCAGUUGAUAUCAGAUUUAACAAGGAAACCAAUACACAGAUUAAAUCACAGUGAAUCAUCAAGUCUUGGUGCUGCAUUCUUAGCAGGAUUAUACUGUGGUGUCUGGAAAAAUCAAGAUGAAUUAAGCUCUUUAAAGAAAGCUCUUUAUGCUGUUUGAGAAAAUGUCAAACUUUAUUUGAAAAUAUUGGUUUUUCAAUAUCCAUUUAUUCAAUGCUGUGAACAUUGGUAGCUGAUCAGUAAUUUGCUUCCUAAAUUGUAAAAUAUUAAUAUGCUUCCUUUAUGUAUGCUGUAUGUAUUGUUUAUCUUUGUACUAUGCAUUUAUUAAGCAUGUCUCGCAUAUUAAUUGUA